CCCCCACUGAGCUGAAGUGGUCUGGGUGCCUGUAGUGUCCCUUUAACUGAUCUCAGAGUUGUUUUGAAUUUAAAUAUAUAGUCAAGCAGUGACUAUAGCUAAGAUGGCAUUUUUUUUACAAAACUUCACCUUUUACCUAAAGUUUGAUAUUCUUUUUGCAAUUGAAUACAAUUAUGUAUUUAGUUAAAUUUACUGUUUAGUGAAUGAAUGGCAUACACAUACCAAUGUGGUCUUACUAAUGUCAUGUUCAGCCAUGUUUCUUCAUUCCAAAGCAUGUAAUAAACGGCUAUUUUUCUGUUUUUUUGGGGGGGGUGGAGGGGGGGGUUUCACCUGCUGCCCUUUUCUAUUUGUGGUAUGUUUCCUGUAUAGCAAGGAGUGUUACAAUAGAGACUGCCAAAGCAGACUUCCUAUUUUCUGACGGCAUUUCCUUUUAGACUUCCUCUUUCCAGCAGCAUAUCCUGUCUUCAGUUUCAUCUAGUUCUACAACCAUAAGCAAGAAAUACACGAUUUUGCAAGUCUUUUUGCACCAUACUUAUUUAACACAGGAAAUGGGCUCUGAUUAAUUUGGACGACUCAAGAUUUAUGGAAACAUUUGUCCACUUUGUUUUCUGAGGAGAGGAAGUCAAUUUAAACGCUGGCAAUUUUAUACUUAAAAUCCAAAUGACUGGUUUGGUAAUGGUUAUAGUAAUUUAAAGGAUGGGAUAAUUUUAGGAUCAAUUAUUCUUUUGCCUAUACAAUGUUGUAGAAUAUAAUGGCACUGUAUAAACAUUACAGAUUUCAAAAUCUCUUAUUUAAAAGGUAAAACAAACAAAUAAUCAUUAAUAUUUAUAUUAUACAAAAAUGCUUUAAUAUAUAUUUGAUUGAUAGUUGGGUAAUCAUUGUCUUGUUAGCAGCUGGCCUAUCAUAGAAAACCUUUUCAUUAGCAAAUGCAUGUAAAGGGAUAGUCAGGAUCUAUUUCACAGAUCAUGUAUUAAAUAUUUUUUAAGCAAAUUAAAAUAAUAAAAAGUUGCCUUCAAAGAGCCACAGAAUAUACUGUUUAUAGCAGUGGUAGUCAACCUUUUUCCACUUACCGCCCACUAAUGCAUCUUUCUUGAUGGAAAAAUUUCCUUACCGCCCACCAGUUUUCGCGCAAGCGCGGAAUAUUUUUUAGAAAGGAGGGUGUUUUAAAAAAUACAUAAAUGAACGUACAUUUAUCUUUUUAUUUCUACUUUAUGCAUGUUUAUAAUGUUUUUAACUUUAUAAAGUUUAAUGAGGAAGCAAUAAAGUAAAUUGAACUUACCUUUACUAGUGAUUAAUGAGAUCCUUGAGGUUGAUGCUGCGAGACUAAAUAUUUGAUAUCUGGUUCGAUUUUCAUAAGGAACAAACGAAGGUCUCCUCUUUCAGUGAUAAUCGGAAGACUUCUUUGUUUGCUCAUAAAAUGAUUUCUCAUCUGUGCGUCAGCUCCCCUCCUCUCCCUCCUCAAUUCCCCUUCCCACCUUUUUCCCCUUUUUUCUAUUUUUUAACCUUCCUUAUAGCAAUGCCCAGUAGGAAGGCUGAGCUAGGUAGCCCACUUACUAUUAUUAGUCAACAACAAUUCUCUCCUUUUCCUUUUCUUUCCUUCUCCUUUUUUACAAGUACUCUACUCCUUCUUUCCUCUAUACUAGAAGUACUCUACUCCUUCUUUCCCCUAUACUAGAAGUACUCUACUCCUUCUUUCCCCUAUACUAGAAGUACUCUACUCCUUCUUUCUCCUAUUCUACAAGUACUCUGCACCUUCUUUCUUCUAUUCUACAAGUACUCUGCACCUUCUUUCUUCUAUUCUACAAGUACUCUGCAAACACAUACACACACACACACACACUCACAUUGAAACACAUACACACAAAUAUACACAUACUCACACAUGCACUUACAGACACUCACACAUGCACAGACAGACCCACAGACACACACACACUUACUGACACACACACAUACACUUACAGACAGACACAUACACUUACAGACAGACACAUACACUUACAGACAGACACAUACACUUACAGACACAGACACACACAUACACUUACAGACACAGACACACACAUACACUUACAGACACAGACACACACAUACACUUACAGACACAGACACACACAUACACUUACAGACACACACACAUACACUUAGAGACAAACACAUGUACACACAAAUUAUUAAUAUUAAAUAUCCACCCAGCCUCCCUACCUGGAGAGCUGGUGUGGAUCUGUCCCUGGGGUCCAGUGGGGCUUCACUUAGGCGGGCGGCUAAUCAGACGCAGCGAGGGAGCUCUAACCUCUCUGCUCUGCUCCCUCGCGGACUGUCUACGGAUGCCGGGAGCCGGAAUAUGACAUCAUAUUCCGGCUCCCGCGGCAUCAGCAAACAUCGCGCGAGGGAGCAGAGCAGAGAGGUUAGAGCUCCCUCGCCGCGACUGAUUAGAACGCUGCCAUGCCGGGGGGUCCAGAAGGUGGCCUGGCAGGAGGGAGCGCUUCCUCCUGCCGGUCACUGAAGACUUGCGCAUGCAGAGCCGCUCGCGCCCGCCCAAAAGGAGAAAUCCUCUUAAAAAGAGGAUUUAGCCUCAGAAAUCCCUACCGCCCACCUGGAAUCCUAAAACGCCCACUAGUGGGCGGUAGGGACCAGGUUGACGACCCAUGGUUUAUAGUAACUGUCUGCAGUUGCAGGCAGAUCCCUUCCCCCACUCUGUAUAAAGGUGCUACAAAUGUCAGAGUAACAGCCAUGUGUAGUUUUUUCUUUUUAAUUGUGCAAGUAUGUGUAAUUCUACAAAUUUAUACAAUUGUUAAAGGACCACUAUAGGCACCCAGACCACUUCAGCUUAAUGAAGUGGUCUAGGUGCCAGGUCCCUCUAGGAUUAACCCUUUUUUUUAUAUAAACAUAGCAGUUUCAGAGGAACUGCUAUGUUUAUAAUAGGGUUAAUCCAGCCUCCAAAUCCUCUAGUGGCUGUCUCAUUGACAGCCGCUAGAGGCGCUUGCGUGAUUCUCACUGUGAAAAUCACAGUGAGAACACGCAAGCGUCCAUAGGAAAACAUUGUAAAUGCUUUCCUAUGAGACCGGCUGAAUGCGCGCGCAGCUCUUGCCGUGCGUGCGCAUUCAGCCGAAAGGGAGGAGGAGAGCUCCCCGCCCGGCGUUAGAAAAUAGGUGAGUUUUAACCCUUUCCUCUCCCCAGAGCCGGGCAGGAGGGGGUCCCUGAGGGUGGAGGCACCCUCAGGGCACUAUAGUGCCAGGAAAACAAGUAUGUUUUCCUGGCACUAUAGUGGUCCUUUAACUGUGGCAGACCACCUGGUACCCCGACCAGGUACCUUCGCCAAACACAUAUCCUAACUAUCACUGGGACACCAUCAGCACUUCAGCCCCUAGCCACCGCAGCUUGGAUGGGGUCUCGCCGUUGCUUCCCACCAGGGUCCUGGGUCCAUUUUCCAGUGGUCAAAGCUCUCCUUUCAGACAUGUAUUGUCCCAUCUGCCUAUUCUGCUGCAGCCUUUAUUUCAGUGAUUACAGUUAUUGCCUUUACAAAGGUAAUUUUAGCUCUCUGGGCUAGAGGGAUCCUGCAACCAGCAAACAGAUCUGAAGACUCUGUCACUGGGAUCCACACAGGACACAAGUUCCAAAAGAAACUGACAUACAAAACUUUUUCUUGGGACUAGCCCAUAUGAUUAAAUACAUCAAGAUUGCGGACAACUCAAUAAAAAUACAAACCGACAAAUCACAUUAAACAACAAACACAUUAAACUUAUGACAUAUUUAUAAAGGGGUGGGAAAGACAUUAACUAACAUAAAACAUCUCUCCUGCGUGCAGAAAUGGCAAUAUGCAAAUCUACCUGAAUAUACAAAUUAACCAGCCUUGCUAUUCAGGUAAUGUAUAGUUGCUGUUGCUACUAACAGAGGGCACUACACAGGCUCCAUAGCCAAAUCCACCUAGUUGGUAGCAAUCCUCAGCAGUACAGGAGAGCAGGCAAAACAUUUAAACACACACUCACUCACACACUCUCUCUCUCUCUCUCUGCACCUGCAAUGGAUAUAGGGUGACUUAAAUAUAGGAAUAGUCCAGGGCCCUACACAAAAUGUCCGUAUGAAACCCCAGGUGAUGGUGACUACUGUCGUGUAUUACCAAACUAUAUAAAUUAUAUACGCAUACACAUAUAAACAAAUAUUUAUUCAGAGAUAACACAACAACAUACAAAUAAUGACACACAAUCUAACCAACUAAAACAACAACCACCACCACAAUCUAACUAAAUAACAACUAAACCUUAUAAAGUCAUCAGUUCCCACUCACAGUUCACAUGAUAAAAAUAAGCCCAUGUCUGCUUAGUAGCACAGCCAAGAAGGAACAGGGAGGAAUGGAGAUAGGGGGAAGUGGUUAUCUCUUUCCUGACUUGUAAAGGUAUUGACUUUCCUAAUUACCAUAUCAAAGGGUAAAGCUUAUCCCCCUGUAAGAAAGGCAUACCUGAGCUUGGUCACAUGACCCCUGGUCACCCUAUAAGUUUGAUGACAGAAUGUCACCACAACUACCGCCACAUAUCUUCCCUGCCCCCAAGGGAAGAUUAACCAGGUCCCAGACCUCCAAUCGGUCUGUACCUGAGUUAGUCUGGCAACCCACCCCAAAACGUCCAGCCAACCUUGUAGUCUCCUGAACAAAGUUCCAUCCUAUAACUUCAUUCACUCUUUGGGAAGGGAGUCUGACAAUCUCCACUUCCAGCAACCCAAGCUGCAGCUCGGGAGAGAGACCUCCUGUACCCACUCCCGGUAACUCAGCCUGCCACUGUGAAGGGGGAUUUGCAACAUUGGCUCCUGGUAACUCUGACUACAAUUGGGGUUAGACACCAGCUGUCUCUAUUCUUGGUAGUUCUAACUGCCGCUGGGAGGGGUCCAACUGUGUACACUGUCGCUGGGGAGAGAGACCAGUUGUUUCUUCUCUCUUUAAAAAGCAGUGUAGGGUAGAGAGAGCUGUUGCUGGGGAGUGAGACAGGUUGUCUCCUCUCCCUGCAUGGUACACUACCCCUGGGGAGUGAGACAGACUGUCUCCACUACCUGUAACUCCAGAUGUGGUUGGAGAGAGGGGGACCGGCUGUCUCAAAUCCCUGCCUGAUAGGAUGGCUGCAGCAGAAUAGGCAGAGGGGGCGAUACCUGCCUUGAAGGAGAGCUGCAGCCUGAUUGGGAGGAAGAGCUCCGGAGAGACCCCAGUCAGGCUUCAGCGACUGGGGCUAAAAUGUUCCAGGGUCCCUGCAAGCGGCUAGGAAGCGGACUGAGUACAGGAGCUCUGUCACAUUAACAUUUUGUAAAGCACCCUAAAUUAGUUAAAUGGAUACUAUAGUCACCAGAACAACUACAGCUGUAGUGGAUCUGGUGUCUAUAGCCUGUCCCUGCAGGCAUUUUAAUGUUAACACUGCCUUUUCAGAGAAAUGACAUUACUGCCUAAGAACAACUCUAGUGGCAGUCAUUCAGAUGGCCACUAAAGGUUUUCCCAGUCCAGUGCACAGUGACUUUCACCCUCUGCAUUGAGACGCUGAAUACUCCUCAUAGAGAUGCUUUGAUUCAAUGCAUCUCUAUGAGCAGAUACUGAUUGGCGCAGUGGGGCAUUUUGCCGCGCAUGCACAAGUCUCCUAAUGCUUUCCUAUGGGAAAGCAUUGGAUUGGCUGAGUUCGUCAAUUUUGAUGACCUCCUCCAAGAAGGUAGUUAGCCGUGGCGAGACUAGCGCUUGAAAAAGGUCAGGGUUUUUUUUGUUUGUUUUUUUUAACACCUUUUACUUCUCUAACAGGGAGGCUGGGGACCUAAGCUUUGUUUUUACAGCUAUAGUGUCAGGAAUACACAUUUUUGUAUUCCUGAUACUAUAGUGUUCCUUUAAUUCUUGUGGAGUAAUAGCAUUGCUGACAUGUUAUUUUUAUAUCCCCAGGGGUGCACCUUCAUGGCUUUCUGCAACCCUGGUCAAUGCUGCUGUUCAGCACACUUUGGAGGGAGACCUCUCCUCCUAUUUGCAGAAGAAAGAUGCAACAGAUUUCCAGGAGCUGGAGAAUGAGAGCUCAAAGGAGGAUAGUAAGUAUAUGAUGUAUUGCAUAACCAUCUCCAAACAAGUCUGUACAUUUCAGGAAUCGUGUUGGCAUCUGAUUUGAAAACCUUACGCAGGGUCAUGCAGUGUCCUUAGCGUAGCCCUGCUUGCCUCCUCCCUAUUCAAAUGGGUAUUAUGUGUUCAUUCUGCAUGUUUAGUGGUAAUCUGACUCCCUCUGUUGGUAAGAGAGAGAAAAGUAGAGACUGCUGUAAAAGGAGAGGCGUUUCCUAUACAGUGAGAGGAGUCAAAAAAAAAAAAUCCUUUUCAUUAGUCACUGUGUAGAACAUUUCCUUUGCCGAAUAUAAAGAAUCAUGCACAGUAGACUAAUAUCUAUGAUGAAAUACCUGCUGCAGGGCUCCCGAUCAAGCAAACAAAUACACAGAAAAAAUUAGAGACAUAAAAAUAAAUACAUCUUCACCCCAUGAGGGCUCCGCGCAGACUGAACUUUCAGGGCAGGGAAAGCCUUUUAAAGCUUUAAUACGCCGUGCAACCAUCACCCCAUUAUUUAUUUUAUAACAAGUAUAUAUUGAUAAGUAAAAUGUAUGCUUCUAGGUUGCAUUGGGUACAUAAAGAAAUGCGUAUGCAUGUUAUUGCAUCUGAUGUAAUAUAAUAAUAUAUUUAUUGCUUGUGUUGUGAAGAAGAGCUUUAGUGUGCCUUCGGUGAGAAACGGUUGAGGACCACUGCUGUAUACAAAUGCUCUUUGAUGUAAUGUAUUUGACAAUGUGUAUGCAAGGAAGGCACUUUCCAGCUUUUUGAAAGUGGAAACCCCCAAACGAAUCAAUCCAUGGCAUAUUACAUUUAUUGAUAAGGCUCCAACAUUCUCCGCGGCGCUGUACAGUGGGUAUAUUAACAGAAAGUAGUAAUUGAACUCUUUACAAUACAUGCUUAGACAGAAUGAUAUUAACUCCUUCAGGACGGAGUCAAUAGUACACGUUCUGAUCAAAACAAAACGUAAACAAAAACUGGAAUUUGCGCUAUAUGUCUGUUCACCCGUAAUUCACCGCUGUCACAUUAAGUGCACCCACACUUAUUAUAUAUCAUUUUGUUCAGGAGAAACAGGGCUUUAAUUUAUCAUUAAUUAUUCAUAUAUGGAACAUCAUUUAUUAUGAAUAAAAUUAAUUUUUUUUUAGAAAAUAAGAUUUUUUUUUUUUAAAUUUGUAUUUCCGUCUGACAUUUUAGCUGUUAAUGUCAUAAUACUGUUAGGUAUUACUGCAAAAAAAUGCACAUAUUUGUAAUCAGCGAUGUCUCACGAGUACAACAGUACCCCCCAUUAACAGGUUUUAUGGUGUUUUGGAAAGUUACAGGGUCAAAUAUAGAACGUUCCAUUUUCAAAUUGAAAUUUGCCACAUUAGUAAUGUUACCUUUGAGACGGUGUGGUAGCCCAGGAAUGAGAAUUACCCCCAUAAUGGCAUACCAUUUGAAAAAGUAGACAACCCAAGGUAUUGAACGUGGGUUAUGUUUAGUCUUUUUUAGUAGCCAUUUAGUCACAAACACUGGCCAAAGUUAGUGUUCAUAUUUGUUUUUGUGUGAAAAAAGCAAAAAAAUAAUAUUUUGCCAGUGUUUGUGACUAAGUGGCUACUAAAAAUGACUGGACAUACCCCAUUUGCAAUACCUUGGGUUGUCUACUUUUGCAAAUGGUAUGCCAUCAUGGGGGUAAUUCUCAUCCCUGGGCUACCAUACGCUCUCAAAGGCAACAUAACCAAUCCGGCAAAUUUCAAUGUCAAAAAAAUGAAAUGCAAGCCUUAUAUGUGACUCUCUAACUUUUCAAAACAAAAUAAAACCUGUACAUGGGGGGUAUUGUUGUUCUCGGGAGACUUCACACUACACAUAAAUAUUAGUGUUUUAAAACAGUAAAACAUAUUACAAUAAUAAUAUAGUCCAUAAAAGUGACGUUUGUUUGUAAAAGAUGCAAAAAACUUCACUUUUACUUAAAAUAUCAUCGUUGUAAUACAAUUUACCAGUUUGAAACACUAAUAUUUGAGUUCAGCGAAGUCUCCCGAGUAAAACAGUACCUCCUAUGUACAGGUUUUAUGGUGUCUUGGAGAGUUACAGGGUCAAAUAUAGUGCUUGCGAAUUAAAUUCUCUGCACUUUCUCCCUGUGUUGUCAGGCAUGUCAAUCAAAUUUUAAUUAAUCAAAUCACAUAAUUAUGUUAAAAGAUUACUUAAAUAUACAUGUAGAAUUUUAAUAUAUAUGCAUUUAUAGGUAUUUAAAUUCUACAUGUAAUUAUGUGUGUGUGUGUGUGUGUGUGUAUAUAUAUAUAUAUAUAUUUGUGGUUAUUUGUAAUAAAAAUAUAUAUAUAUUUCAUUCUAACUUUAUUUUGUUAUAUAUAUAUAUAAUGUCAUUAUAAGUGUAUUUUGUUAUUAAUAUAUAUAUAUAUUAACAAAAUACACUUAGAAUGAAUAUAUAUAUAUAUAUAUAUAUAACAAAUACAUAUAAUUACAUUAAUAUAUAUAUAUAUAUAUAUAUAUAAUGUAAUUCUAAGUGUAAUUUGUUUUAUAUAUAUAUAUAUAUAUAUAUAUAUAUAUAUAACAAAAUACUGUUAGAAUGAAAUUACAUAUGAAUAUAUAAUUUUAAUAAAAUUUUGUUUCAAUAUUUUAUUUAUAAAUGUAAUUAUACAUAUAUAUCUAUUAGAUAUAUAUAUAUAUAUAUAUAUAUAUAUAUAUAUAUAAAUGUAACGUCAUUCUAAGUGUAUUUUAAUACUAAUAUAUACUAAUAUUAGUAUUAAAAUACACAACGUAUGACGUUAUAUAUGACGCCAGUUGAUAGUUUCUGUCCAUGCCAUCCGUAAUACACGCAGGAAGAUGGAGGAUCGUCAUGUGACCCUAUUGGAGUUCAAUCAACUUCAUGGCCUCACGGUACUAAGACUGCUGUUUGAACGUAGUGGAAGUGUGUUGUGUAAUGAAAUAGUGCCAGCAUAUAAACUGAUUAAAAUAUAUAUAUAUAUAUAUAUAUAUUUAAUUUAUUUUUACACAUGUUUAUUUUUUUAUUUUUUUUCAUUUCCCACCAGCAGGGGAACUGUCUGAUAUUUCAGACAGUCCUCCUGCUGGCAGACCCAUAGCCAGCUAUAGAGGGCCAUGUGAUCGCUCUUUGAGAGCGAUCACAUGGCCCCCGGGGGCCUCAUUCGCCGGGGGAGGGCUGCCUGGGCGGUCUGGCAGCCCUCCAGAAGAGGAGCGCAGCAGAGGUAAGUAGCUGCGAUCACCUGGGGGCUUAAGCCGUUACGGCGUUCUAUGCUGCCGCAACGGCUUUAAAGCCACGAUGGCAUAGAACGCCGUAAUGGCGUUAAGGGGUUAAAGGGACACUAUAAGGUCAGGAACAUAAACAUGUGUUCCUGACCCUAUAGUGUUCAAAACACCAGCUAGCCCCCCAGCCCCCUCCCCUCUUGUCCACCUAAAUGUAGCAACAUCUUACCUUUUAUUGCAGUCUGCUGCUGCUGGCUUUGCCACUGAUCUGCCUGCUUGGCUGACAUCAUCACAAGUCUUGAUUUGAGCUAAUCACAAAGCUUUCUCGUAGCUUGUCAAAGAGGCAGAUCGGGGGGCAGAGCCAGCUCAAGCCACACACAGCCCUGACCAAUGAGCUUCUCCUCAUAGAAAUGCAUUGAAUCAUUGCAUCUCUAUGAGGAAAGUUCAGUGUCUCCAUGCAGCACUGCCCCAGGAAGCACAUGUUGUUGCCAGUGGAGUUAUCACUAGGCUAUAAUGUAAACACUGCAUUUUCUCUGAAAUGCAAAACACCUGAAGGGACUGAUUCUACUCACCAGAACAAAUCCAAUAAGCUGUAGUUGUUGUGGUGACUAUAGUGUCCCUUUUAAAGCAGGGGUUCUCAACCCGGUCCUCAAGGACUCCCUACUAGUCCAGGAUUUAGGGAUUACCUGGGUGUCUCUAAGGUGUUUAGAAAAAAAAAAAAAACACUUUAGACACUAAGGGGGUCCUUGAGGACUGUGUUUAGAACCUCUGCUUUAAAGGAAGGAGAUCCAUCUUAACGUGGAGACAAUAUUUAUGUACAUCUAAAAGGUGUUUACAGUCAUAAUAUAAUACACACAAAAUAUAUAGUAAAUACAUGAAACGAUCAAUGAUUUCAUUGGCUAUUCUUAAAACAUUUAUGCUAUAAAUUAUAUAUGAUAACUUCACAGAGAGAAGGUACUAUUUGAUACCUUUAACAAUUGCCACUUACUCUGAUAUGGUAUGUGUCUUUUUAUAUUAUCACCCAAGAAAGUGAAAAAACAAAUCUAAGUUCAAAACUAGAAUCAUUAUGACAUAGUCACGUAAAGUUAUUUUUAAAAUUCUUAUUUAAACCUAUUGAGAUCAUAGAUCCAAUGCAUUCCUAUUUGUCUUGCGCGUUCAUUAUACCUUUACAGUACUACUUUUUCUAUAAAUUGGGUAGAUACAGAGAUUGAAAUAGUCUCUUGGAAUAUAUUAAAUAUAGGUGCUAAUCUAAUAUUUAUUGACAGGUUUCUCAAACUAUUUAAUAUUUUAGAUAAACUUUUAAAAUAUUUUUUUUCAAAGUCUAUCAAGAUAUUAAAAUUUUUUCUUUUUGUGUGUAGAAGAUGAAUGUGCUUGUAAUGGUGUGAUUAACAAAACACCUAUCUCCACUGAUUUUGUGUGCUGUUAUAGUGCCAGUAAAGGUUUUUCAUUUUCUAGCAACCCCAAAAUUAGUUGUAUUUUAUCCAUGUUGCUAUCAUGCCAUGUAAGUUGCUUUUACCAUUGUUUGGUUACUCCUUGUAAUGUCUUGUUACCUGUAUCCACAGUCUAUUGCUCAGACUUAUUGCUUAACCAUUGCCUGAGCUGCCUGCAGGACAUCACUACCAUGUGGCAGAGUUGCCUGCCACCUAUCACGCGAUGCUCACGCCAGUUGAUCGUUUCUGUCCAUGCCAUCCGUAAUACACGCAGGAAGAUGGAGGAUCGUCAUGUGACCUUAUUGGAGUUCAAUCAACUUCAUGGCCUCACGGUACUAAGACUGCUGUUUGAACGUAGUGGAAGUGUGUUGUGUAAUGAAAUAGUGCCAACAGAUAAACUGAUUAAAACCUAAAACUAUUUUAUUAUGAGUAGGGAAGACAAGAGAAGUCUAAACAAAUGAAAUACAGGAGCACAUAAAAUUAAAUUUUCUUGUUGAUUCAGAUAAUCAUAUGAUGCUCAAGAUCAAAUCUUGGAUAUUGGUGUGUUGCAGGAGAGAGGCUGUGUUUUACCUGGAGAGGUUGGCAGAGGUUGCUUGGGUGCAUCCUUAACCGGUUUCCUCCUUCCUACCCUCAGGAUGGUGUAGAGAGAUCAUACUUUGCAGUAUUUGAUGGACAUGGGGGUGUGGAUGCUGCGAACUAUGCAGCUGCCCAAGUUCAUGUACAAGUGGCUAAUCAUGAAGCACUGGCACAGGACCCCGCUCGGGCUGUAAAGGAAUCUUUCCAGCGUACAGAUGCCAUGUUCCUUCGAAAAGCAAAGAGAGAGGUAAUUAUCUAAUUGGGUUAAAGAUUUUGUAUGCUUGGUUAUGUAACAGGAACUCCAGGUUUUUGAUAUACUAUUGUCUUAUGCCAGUCUAAGAUUUUAGCUGCCCAUGCUCAAGUGUUAAAAUCAGUUUUAAUAUCCUGAUGUCAAAUUUUCUUUAAGCUCAUGAAACACAAUAAGCAUCUAACAGCUUUGCAAUUAGUCCACCUCUGUGGUAUUUUAAUGUGUGCACUUCAGAUUGAAAGUCACUACUAAUGUUUAUUUUCAUGCACAGUUUGCAUUUUGAAAUCUGCAUAUCUGCAGCUAAUCCAGACAAUGCCCGAGCUUGGCUAGGCUAAAAACACUCCCACGGUGAGCAGGACAAUCGCAAGUAACCCUGGGAUUCACACAUAUGCUUGUGGCUUUCACUAAACUAUGAAUUUUUGCAAUUUAGGUUGCAGUGGCAAAAUGGAAGCUAAAAUUGCUAAUUUGGAAAUAUUCUCAAAUGCAGCUAUUGUCACAGCUUUGUUAUUUUUGCCUAUGUUAUGCAGUUUGGAUUAAAUGUGCUAAAAUGUAGUAUUUGUCAAAUAACCCUGUUUGCAUUCCAUGAAGUGUCACAUCUUUGAGGUGUAAUGUGUCUGCUUUGCACUGUUGGCUUGUAAUAUACAAUGAAGCUGCUUGAUUCAAUCCACUGCCAAGAAGCAGUCAGAGAUAAACCGACAUGUAGUGAUAUUUACUUUGUGUCUGCAUGGGUAUCUUCUUCUAAUACAGACUGCUUGACCUCCAGCAGUUCAGCUCAAGCAUUGCUGUCUAUGACUGAGCUUUGUAAGUACACUGGUAAUGAAGUCUUCUUUUUUGUUUUUUCUUCUCUCUACUAAGAUUUGAACAUGCAAAACGAUAGGAUAUUGAUGAGACCAAACCAUCUCAAAUCAAUUUUGCAAGGGUUGUCUGCUUUAUACAUUUAUAUCAAAUUGAAUGGAGCAGUCUGUUAUUAUCUAAAGGCUUUCGAGAGUGGUUGUGUUUUUUUUUUUGUUGUUUUUUUUUUGUGUUGCUUUUGCCAAGUGCUUUAUUAUUUUUAAUUUUUUUUUUUUUGCAGUGCAGAAGAAUAGUACAAACAAGCUUGAGGUACCCCAACGGCAAUCCUCAGGCAAAUUGUCAUGCUUUACAUAUGGGGUAGUUGAGAACAUAUGCACAAUUUUAACUCUUAAACAAGCUAGAACAUGCUGAGUGUGCUAAUUCAAUGGGUAGGAAGAUAAGAAAGUAAGCAAGAGAGUAGUAGAGGUAAGAACCAUUGGAUGCACAGUAAGCUGACACCGUUCCUGUGUAAAGUAUGCGACUCAUGGAUGCUUGGCAGUAACGUAUAAACGUAAAGAGCAUAUAAUGAGGCUUGGGUGGGCUGGAUUUGCCGUAGGUACUCUACUGGCGUCGGUCAGUCAUGAGUCCCAGAAUAUAAGCUGAUAUGCCACAGCUUGUCAGCCGAUGCCUGAGCUUGGAAGGCUGAGGGUAGAUCUGCCGCUGGGUUGAAGGAAGGCAGUGAGAUGAGUGCAGAGGAGUGUCUCCCUCCCACCCCAGGUCGGUGUAGAGGCCUGCAUUUGGGAGCCACUGACUUGGGGGCUCGAAGAGUCCAAGUCCUUCUCCAAUCUAGAGGGGCAGAAGGCCCUGCUGGGAUGUCGUCGCUGAUAGCGGCUUGCCUCCUGUCUGCGUGGCCUAUGCUGUGGGGUCUUACCCCUAGUGACACUCAGCCUGGGUUUGUAGCUUCGGGUCUCUGCGCUGGAAGAGGGAGCCCCCUUCCGCACUUGCGUUCCUCCUCCAUGUUCUUCCCCUCCAGCUUGUGGCAGCGAGGCUUCUUGCUUUGCCUCCCGAAAUGCCCAAGAACGGGUGAAUAUUUCAGCCGUUUGCCACGUUGGUUGUGCAGCAGACUUGUGUGGUGACUGCUCAGUGUGAGUACCUUGCGUAACACAAGAAGUGGAGUCGUUCGACAUCUUGACCGCAUGGAACUUGGUGCAAUUAAGUGCAGGUGCUGCAGCAAUUGUGAGAGUCCGCUUUCCAAUAGGGGUAGGGAUAACCCCCACCGGUCCGGGGAGGGUGACAUUGCUGCAGAAAGGCUACCGCCAGGUGUGCUUGCCAGGUCGAGUGAUCGACCGCUCCCCCCGAAUACCGGGCACAGUAGGCCGCAGCUCGCACACAAGGUAAGUGCUUGUCAGACCGUUACACUUCGGGCUUAGAACGGUUCUUGGAGCUAGAAUGUCAGUCUGCUGCAGGACCAAGAUGGUUUCUGCAUCGCUGUAGGGCAAUUUAGCCACAGCUUUCAAGUUGAAGAGCCGGACCUACAGAGAAGUGCAUCUGGCCAUGGUGUCAGGCCCCGCCCCCCCAAGAGUGGUUUUUAUGUCUAUAUCAGUUUGUCUGCCACUGAACUAGAUGAGGUACAAAUCCUUAAAAUUGCUCUAGUCCAGACCUGUCGCUGCAGGCGGCGACGGAACACCAUUAGCUUCCACAAUUCACCUAUAGGGAUGGACUUGAACUUCGAGGUUACCUGAUGUUGGCCUUCAUCACGGCCUGGGGCAGGAGAGGCCCUACACUGUGCUCCCACCUUGCUACACUUCGCAACAAACAUCCAGCAUUCCCGACUUUGGGCAUUGGCUGAUACUGGACUUAUUCCCAGAGGCAUAUUGCCUGCCCCAAAUAAGAGUCUCCCUAAGCCCAGUUUCCACCAUACGGCAUUUCUAAGGCCCUUCUCCCCAAUGUGAGCAGUGGUUUUAUUUUUAUUUUUUGUUUGUUGUAUAUAAAUUUAGUUUCUUUCACAGUGCAGAACCAUGCCAGUAAUCCUGACCCCAGUGUUUUUUUACUCCUGAAACACUAAUAUGACUAGCAACAUUUUACUUUGCUCCAAUCCCCAUGUCUAGUUAGCCUAUCUGUUUUAACAUAUACGUGUUUUCCAGCCUAGACAUGUCGAACUACCCUGUUCCUGCUCGUUAUUAAUGCAAAAUUGUGCAGUUUCUAUGAACGCCAUAUAAUUGAUUAUUAUUGUUUUGAUAUUACUGUAUUUGUUCGUGUUAUUGUGGAAUGAUAUGCUUACAUGGAAUCAUUUGCACAACCAAAUUUACCCAAAAAAAUUGCUCUAGUCCACCCAAAAGUGUACAUAGAAUGUAAUCUAAUUUUCUUAAAUAAUUUGUUUUACUUUCUGUAAUCCCUCAGUUUAUGAGCACUUUUACCUAUAUGUACAUAUUUAUCAAGUGUUUGCUGCCUCACGUUUGUUAUACAGUGUUUUCACAAUGUACUUAAAAUUUUUGUGCUGUAGAAAUGGUUUGAAAGAUUCCACAAACUGUACAGCUACGAGCAAGCAAUGCAUACCUUGUAAAUGGUCUCACAACAUUGCCUAUUCAUUACUACUAGUACCAGCUCUCAUUUGUUGAGACUUUAACAUGCUUUUUUUUUUUCCCCUCAUCCUUUGUACAAUAUUUAGCGACUGCGGAGUGGAACAACUGGAGUAUGUGUAUUGUUGGAAGGUGAACGAUUACAUGUGGCAUGGCUUGGGGACUCCCAAACCAUUCUUGUGAGGGACGGGUGUUCUGUAACACUUAUGGAACCCCACAAACCAGAGCGAGAGGUAAGCAGGGCUAUAAAUUGUGUAUUCUCUUACUAAUUUUAUCAAUAAUAAACCACAUUUGGUUUUGUCUUCUGACCUCCAUGUUAUCACUUUCCCUUCAUCCAUCUUGGCUGUUUAAAAAAAAAAAAAAAAAAAAUCCCCAAUUUUUGUUUUUUGUGUGUGUUUCUUUUCAUAGGAUGAGCGUGACAGAAUAGAAUCCCUUGGAGGUUGUGUUACUUUUAUGGGCUGCUGGAGAGUCAAUGGGACCCUUGCUGUAUCCAGAGCCAUUGGUUAGUAGGUUACAGAUACAUAUCUCAGUUGUAAUUUUAUUGUUUUUCUUUUUUUAAACCUGUUCUGUCCUCUCUCUUUCUAUUUUUUCUUACUUCUAGGUGACAUUAAUCAGAAACCAUAUGUGUCUGGUGAGGGAGAUGUGACUUCUCAUGUCCUCAAUGGUUCGGAGGAUUUUUUGGUGUUGGCAUGUGAUGGCUUCUAUGACACUGUGUCACCAUCAGAGGUUCCUGAGCUGGUCUUCAGUCACCUUCAAGAGAAUGCAGGUGAUGGGCGGAGUGUUGCAGAGAGACUUGUAAAUGCAGCCAAAGAAGGUGGAUCUGGAGACAAUAUCACAGUGCUAGUAGUUUUUCUGCGUGAACCAGUGAAAGUUCUAGAGAAUUUUGUAGCACAGGGUUGUGGGGAGGCAAAACCACUGUUUGACUUUGGUGGCAAGGUGGAGACUGGAUCUGAUUAUGCAGGGUGAAACUGGAGUUGCUAUGCCAUACAACUCCCGUGUCCUGCAGAUAGGACUGUCCUAUGAAAUGUUUUGGGGAAAAUAAUAGGUCAAAAGAUUAUCCCUUAAAAUAGCCAGUCUGUUAGUAGGGCAUGUAAAAUCCAGAGCUCUUUGAUGAGGAGCAAGAUCGAAUGUUUGCCUUCACCCCCAAAAGCCAAUAAUGGGUGACACUGCUAUCCCUGGUAGCUAUGACAUACUCUUAAGUAUGAGUUGUUUACCAUUGGCACAUAGUCUGAGAAUGAAUUUAAAUUUAGGUGGUUGCAGAACAGGAUUUUCUUGCCGUAUAUAAGAUACUACAUAGAAACGACAUGUUGGAUCUUGCUUGUUUUCACACUGUAAAACUUUCCAGGAUACCUUUUCUUGGCACAAUGCAUUGCUCAUCUAACUCUUGGGGCAAGGUGUUUCAUAUUUUAAACAUUAUGUUCACUCAUGAAAGCACUGGGCUCUUUGAUUAUGAUAACUCAGGUUACUUCAUCAAUUAUUUUCUUUAAUGGUGAGGGGCCCACACUCUUGUGCUCUGUGUUCAAUAUAAGUGGCUGUACACUGCACAAUAUUAUUAUUAUUAACCUGGCCAUGUCCAAUUGGUAUUCACAAAUUUUAAAAGGAGCAUACUGGAACAUGAGAAACUACCACUCUUGUUGGCAGUGGGCACAUUUCUUAAAUGAACACUUACUCCUACAGACUGUUAACAUUGAAUGUGCUGUAUAACCUCUCUUCCCCAAAGAAAUCUACAGUUUCUAGAGAAUGGACAUAAUUGCAUUUUGUUACCUUGUCUUUUUUCACAGGGCAUUUUACUGCAUCAUGACUAAUUUUCUAGUGGAGAGGAGAAAAAUAUAUGACCAGCUACUCCAGUGUUUAUAUCUCCUCGUCACCUUCCCUAUUUGUGUGAUUCUAUUGUGACAAACAGAAUGAGUGUUGCCACCAUCCAAAGCCUAUAGAAUCUUUUUUAUAUAGUUUGUCUUUUAUUGUAAACGACAGUAUUAACAGUCUUGAGGGCCAUAGAGGAGAGCCAACCACCUAGGUUCGUAAAUGUAUUAUAUUUUUACACAUUUCUUGAUAUCUAGAAUCUAUAGUUUAUUUUUGGUGUUUUGUGUUGUUUUUAUUUCCACUCUUCUUUCUGAAGGAGUUUCAUAUUUUAAACGUGUAUUAAUAUUGUUUUGAUAAAGCUACAAGUUCUGUUCAGUAUUGUGAGAGUUAACCCCUACAUUAACUAUACUGUAUUAAACGACAUUGUUAAAUAAAUGUCUACGUAUGCAAACUCUUAAUUUUAUUUAUGUAUUUAUUUUUGUCAUCUUUCAUAUUGUAUGU